AUGGCUUCGCAAGAAACGUAUUCAGAAAACCGCCAUCAUGGUAGAUUCAGUAUGGAGGAAGACGCAAGGCUACUGGAAUAUGUCAGUAAACAUGGUGCCAAAAGAUGGCGCGACGUAGCAAUCUAUGUAGGAACCAGGGAUUCUAAGCAAUGUAGAGAAAGAUACUUUGGUCAUUUGGCCCCCCAAGUUAAUAAAGAACCUUUUACGGAAAAGGAAAUAGACGAGAUAUACAGGUUAUUCGAGGAAGGUUGUAAAUGGGCAGCAAUAGCAAAGAGGCUAGGUAAUGGUCGUAUUCCAAAUAAUAUUAAAAAUACUUGGAACCAAAAACUUUCUAAAACGCAAAGAGGGGAAAGAAUAAUAAAGAAAAAAAGAGAAGACUCAUCUGUUAAAAAUAAGGUUAAGGCACGACCACUUCUCAGUUCUCAGGGUAAAACUUUGGAAAUUUUUUCAAUCUCUUCGGACGACGACGAUAAAUUCAUCAAAAAAUUACCCGACAUACAAUUAUCCUUUCUCAACCAUCGUGAGAAACUAUCUGCCACACCGUUUCCACCUCUUAAGCCCCUUGAGAGAAUACCCACUAACAUUCAAUACAACAUACAGUUGCCACCAAUUUCUCCCCGCAUGAGAAUAUAUUAG